UCCUCUCCUCUCAAUGGUUUUGUGAGUGCAGUGGUGCUGAUCCGUGGGUAAAGAGAGAUUGAGCUAGCCCUUAAGAAGACAAGGGGGUCUUUUGGGGAGUCUCUGCACCCCUGGCAUUCCUACAGACAGUAGGCGAGCGGCGUCCGUCAAGUUCUGCUGAACGAUCUCAAAGGGUGUUUAAAAACUGGUACUGAUGAGCUCCUUGCCGGGUCAGAGGACUGGAGAUCUUUGCGUUUGGGGCCUGGCCUGGAUUACAAAGGAGGAUAGCUUGCGCAAGUACUUCUCACAAUUUGGUGAGGUCACAACGUGUAUGGUGAAAGUUGAGCCCGAUGGUCGCUCAAAAGGUUUUGGGUUUAUAAAUUUCAAGGAUGCGGAGGUAGCAGACAAAGUCCUGCAGCAAGCCCAUGUGAUUGACGGACGGCCGGUUGAGCUACGGCCGCCCAAAGACAAACUAGAGCGUGAGAUGGCCAAGAAAGUUUUUGUCGGAAAUGUAGAUAGUUCAAUUACCGAUGAGCUUCUGCAGGAGCAUUUUUCGAAGUUUGGUAAAUUGACCGAUGUAUUUCUUCCGAAGCCUCACAGAGGCUAUGCGUUUAUUACAUUUGAAUCAGGCCAAGCCUGCAAAGCGGCGUUAGAGUCGACUAAUCACGUAUUGAAUGGAGUACGGCUACAGGUGAAAUUGCCAACACCUAAGCAGCCUCCCGCCAUGAAGCCUCUGAUCCAAGGGGCGGUUGGAGGAUUGGGGAUAAUGGGCGGUGCUUGUGGGUUCAGCAACCCAGCAAAUAUGAUGGCCAUGGCGAAUAUGGCGGCAGCUUCUGGACCCAUGGGGGGAUAUGGAGGUGGGCUUGGAGGAAUUGGUGGGCUUGGUACUGCGGGAAUGGCUUAUCCAGGGCUGUCCCUGGGAGCUGCCCACCCAGCACAAAUGGUGCAGAUUGCACAGCUGCAGGCACAAGGAAUGGGUCGCAUGGCAAUGCCCCAGGUUAGGGCGAUGCAGGAAGUGACAGCAGCAGCAGCAAUGCCGAUGAUGACGGGUCCGGCAAUGGCACCACUUGCAGCUAUGAACCCACUUAUGCCAGGAGCUGUCGGUGGCAUGCCACUUGGACUGGGAGUGGGUGGGGUUGGAGGAGGGGUGCUCGCAGUUCCUGGCUUCACAGGGCAAAUGUGCACGUCAUGUCAGCUGUAUGUAAGCAACCUGCCUUACAGUGCCACAUGGCAGGAUUUGAAGGACUUCUUCAAGCAGUUCGGCACAGUGAUUCGAGCCGAGAUCCUCACGGAUGAGAGAGGGCUUUCCAAGGGUCGUGGAACUGUACGCUUUUCUAAUUGCAUGGAAGCGACUAAUGCGUUGGGAUUGGCUCAGAACGUUGUUUUCAAAGGGCGCCCGAUUGCAAUAAAGGAAGACAGACAACAACUCCUACCACAGCACCAGCAGCAGCAGCUACAGCAACAACACAGACAAGAGCAUUGAGCUAUAUCGCCACAUUGGUUGUGGUGUGUGCCGGUGCUGGAUCGGCAGGAGGAGCGGCUCUACAUCGUCCUGUGUUUAGGUGCGCCAUUUUCAGAAUCUCAGUGCGUUGCAAAAUAGCAGCUUCAACAACUGGCAAACGACAGUGUUGCGGGUUUGUCACCUUUCCCUUGUUACCUCUCCUCGGGUCUUCUUUUGCCAGGUCUAUUUUUAACACGUCUGAGCGUGCUUACCACCUCCCUCCCCGCCACCCCCUCCCCGCCCACCCUACCUACCCGCUCGCUUUCUGUGUCGCGAGACACUCAACUGUGGGUGCAACCUCUGCUGUAUGCAGCCCUGAUCUUCUGCUACCCACAGCUCUGUGGCAGUGCACUGUCGCAGAAACAGGAACCAAUGCUUCAGCAGAGUGAAGCAAUCGUCCAUCCCAAACUUCCCAAAGCUGUGCCAGUUCGAGGUUUGAGUUGGAAACUACUUAGCCAUAUUGCAGAUGGAUGCUUGCUCCGUUCUCUCCCAGCUUCCUAUGGCAUGGUGACAGGAAUUAUAGGUGGCAAGUGCAGUAAGCAGUAAUGCGCUUGUCCUCGUUUGAAGGGACAAAGGGGGAGAGGGGGGAGGAGGGGGUGGAUGGGGAGGGGGGUGGUCAUUCUUAAAUUGGAAGGACUAAGGUAAAAAUGUGUUACACGGUAAUGGACAUGGAUUGGAGGGGGGUCUUCGGACAUUAGUGGACCCCUAAAAUCUUGCUUGCUCUAAGAAUUGCUAGCACAUCAGCUGCGUGAUGAUGUUGACAUCAUCAGUGAUUUUGGUGAUUUGCAACUUGGGAAUGGAUUGGACGGUUGUCUUUUGACACCGCAAGCAGAUCUCUAGAAUCGUUCUCUGAGUGCUGCAAGCCGAUCUGAUGUGCGAUGAUCAUGUUGACGUCGUCAUCGGCGCUUUUGGCGAUUCGGCUUGCAGCCGUAACUCGUCAGUGGAUCAGUCAGGCAAACAACGCAGGAGGCGCCUUGCCUUUGUUAGUUGUUGGGUAAGGUUGUGCUCAGACAUUUUGGGUCUCUCUGAGCUCUUCUGUUUGUCCAUAAGCCUCGACGUGACGUCGUGUAGGGGUCUUGUAUGCGACGCGGCGUCAUGUAGGGGUCUGUGGGCAGUUCGAUGAAGGAUGUGACACUCGUUUUGUUGUUUCCCUUCUCUUCGACGACCCUGCUUCCGGAGCUCCUUGUGCAGGGAAGAAGUUUAAGGUUCGGUCGUGAUAUGCCGGCGCUGUCCUCACUGCAGCGCAGCAGGCAGCUUCACAUAGCUGAUAGAUUCACAUGCAGGAUAUUUGUUUACUGUCGGUGUGUGUAUUUCUGGGUGUCGACCAGGGUUCUGUCGCUGUGCCUCAUAGAGGGCAGAUGUCUUGGACUGGCCAGAUGGAGUGGAUUGAGAGGGUGAAGCAGAUGGUUAUAUAGACCGGCAACGAAUACUGAGAAUUAGGUCAUCUCCAGACCGUAGUUACCUCUGUAGUACUCAGAUUCUCUUCAAGCGGUUCCCUUUGCCCUUCUGUCUUUCAGGGGCAGUUGGGGAGCCUCAAUUCUUCGAUUGAACAGCUUCCUUGCUGGCCGUUAGUGAAGAUGUGAAAGGUGAGCAUGGGUUGGGAUGGAGACUUGAGACCAGGAUCAACCCCUGGAGAGAAUUGACAAUAGGAAGAGGAGCAGUUCAAUAGCAACGAAUUCGUUAAGGUUCUGAUGUUCCCCAUGGCCUAGGAACCAGAGAGAGUCUUGGUCCUGAUAGGAGAUCCUGAUGAGCAAGGAUAGAAAUUCACAUUACCUGCACUUGGAAAGCUGGUUGCCGAUGUGAAGAAAAGGCGGGUUGCUAUUCUGGGAGUUGGGCACAGCAAUCACUGAUUGGACACGAUGCACGAUGCCGUGUCUUGUGCCUUAGAGAAAGUGUCUGUACAGUUGAAUUGAAAUCAC